AUGGACGACGAUUUGGAUCAAUACUUUGAAAAUGGCCCUGAAAAUGCCGCCAAUGAUGUAAGUUUUUAUAAAACCGUCAAUCUCAUCGAUUUUAGGGCAAUUUAUUAAUUUUUAGAACGAUUUUUCCGAUGAUGAGUCGGACGAAGAAACUCCAGACAAUAUUGAUGCUAAUUACGAGUUGGACAGAGAAGAACUACCAAGCAAAACGCCUUCCGAAUUUGCAAAGUUUCUGCAUAGCUGCGAAUUCCCGGAAGAUAUCACCAAAUAUUUGAAAACUCUAAAAUUCUUCGAAAAAGAUCCGAAGACCGCGGAUGUUAUCGCGACAAAAUCGCUGAAAAGCACUGUUUCCGGCUUCUGCCAAUACUUGCUCGGCGCCAAACGCAUCCAGAAGGCCGUGUUGAGGGGAAUCGCCAAGAUCUUCGGAAAAUACGACAUCUUCCAUUACAUCUCGCCGGAAUUGGUCAAAUCGUGCCAUACACUGAAGGAUUCGCGUACUUCUGCCUGGUUUAAUCUCUUCAAUUUUCUUCAUUUCAUUCCUCAUCCCUCCGACCGAGUCAGCAAACCGUUUUUCCGUCAGUUUUGUGUCAGAACCCCGUUCAUUGAGAAAACUGUCAAAAAACGAAAGUUAGUGUGGAUUGGAACCGAUUGGGACAAUAUUUGGAUGGCUUUCAUGAAUGGACAGGUGAGAAACUUCUGCGGAAUGUCUGAAAUUCUUGUACAAUUCAUUUUCAGAUCACCGAAAAAAUCACAUUGAAGUUGAUUCCGUAUAUCACUGAAAACGUAAUCUCCAAGCUGAAGACUCCUUUCAAAUCUGCAGAUUUCUUUUUCAAAAUGUUUGACAAAAGUGAUUAUCAUGGAAUUCUAUCACUCGGAGCCAUUUUCAGACUAAUUUCGGAGCAUAAUUUGUGAGUACAUUUGUUUUCCCCUUCUGAUCUUAUCGGUUUUUUUUUGCAGCGAGUACCCGAAGUUCUACGACAAAGUUUACUCUCUGACGAAUCCAUCUCUGCUCUACAUGAGUCAGAAGGAAAGCAUUCUGAACCUCCUCGACCGUUUCCUCUCUUCCACGCACAUCCCCACCUACAUUGUCGCUUCGUUCCUCAAACGACUCUCCAGAUGUCUUCUUCUUGCUCCGAUCGAUUCUCAGGAACCGAUUCUCGGUCUUAUUCGUAAUCUGAUCAUCCGUCAUCCCAACUGCGCAGAGCUGGUGCAUCGGGAGCUUCCUUCCACUCUCCAUGAGGAUCCAUUCAAUGACGAAGAGUCCGAUUUGCACAAAACGAGAGCUCUCGAAUCGAGUCUGUGGGAAAUGAAGCUUCUCCAGUGCCAUUGGAAUCAAUCCGUCAGAAAAAGGGCUCAUUUCGUUGACAAAACCCUUCAGAAAAUCGAGUCGUACGUGCGGUUCAGAUGCUCCGAUGAGCUCUUCUCGGUUAACAUGGCCAAAUCGUUCGGAGGAGAGGACGGAGAAGCGGAGAAGUAUCGAAAACUGCAGGACGGCGACGACGACGAAGAGGGAGACAGACGACCGGAACCGAAGAAGGCGCGGAAGAAGGGAUUCGGAGGGAAGUUCGCGCCGAAGCAUGAAGAGAAGGUCGUGAAGGCGGUCGGCGUGAAUGCGGAUGUUCCGAAGGGGAUUCUGGAGAGAAGAGUGCCGAAUGUGGAUGUUCCGAAGCUUUGGACACUUUGA